UUUGUCCAUCCUAAACUCUUCCCUCUCCCCAUAUUACGGCACACUGUGUUCAGCCAGGUUCAGCUGUGGGUCUUCAGAUGCCACGUCGGAAACUUAUUGCUGCUGAAAGUGAUGUCAGUAUUGAAGUGGAGACUGACGAUUAUGACAAGCAAGAUUAUGGAGGUUCCAGUCAGAAACGGGAGACGGGAACAUGUCACAGAGUUACCAGGGCAGGAAAUUCUGAAGGUGAACGGGGGAGGAAAGUGACGGAGGAGAAGUCCCACAGGGACAAAGGCAGGAGAGGAAACAUAAAAGAAAGGAGGAAAGGGAUAAAGGAGAAAUAUGAGGUGGAGGACGAGUGUGACGAAGAUGCGCCCAAACGUAUGAAGAACAGAGAUAAUAAAAAGACCAGGAAGAACGAGGAAGGAGAAAAAUCCAAGAGGAAGACCAAGAUCAAGAAUGUGAAGGAAGGAAAUGAUGGAGAAUCUGAUGACGUUAAAUGGGGACGUUCUAAAAAGAAAGAAAAGGCCAAAAAGAAGAAGGGGAAACAGGAGCUGGUGGAAGAAAGCUCAGAGUCUGAGAGUUUCUCUGAGGGAGGGGAACUGCCAGAGAAGAAGGAGGGAUUCACACAGGAGGAGCUGGAGCAGCUCAAAGAGGCGGUGGAUGAAAAACGAAAGCUGAUCAUCACCCUGAAAGGCAAACCGUGGCCCAUGAGAAAGAAGCUCGUGACCCUGAGGGAGUCACAGCAAUUUCUGGAGAAGUACGAAGGGGCCCUCGGCAAAGGGAAAGGAAAGAGGGUUUAUGCUUGCAAAGUCAUCGUAAUGAAGAAAUGGAUGAAGUUUCAGCGGGAUCUUGAGAACUUCAAAACUGCUUGUAUCCCUUGGGAAAUGAAAAUAAAAGACAUUGAAAGCCACUUUGGAUCGUCGGUUGCCUCCUAUUUCAUAUUUUUACGAUGGAUGUACGGCAUCAACUUGAUUUUAUUUGGUCUGACAUUUGGCCUGGUAAUGAUGCCCGAGGCUCUGAUGGGGAAGCCCUACGGCAGCAUGCCCAGAAAGACCGUCCCGAGAGGCGAGGAGGGCGGCGCCAUGGACUUUGCCGUCCUUUGGGAUUUCGGGGGCUACGCACAAUACUCAGUGCUCUUCUAUGGAUACUACAAUAACCAGCGUGCCAUUGGCUGGCUGAAGUUCCGGAUGCCCCUUUCCUAUUUUUUGGUGGGAGUGGGGACAGUGGCAUACAGUUAUAUGGUGGUCAUAAGAACGAUGGCGCGAAAUGCCAACCGAGAUGGUGGAGGAGAUGACACCAGCUUUAACUUCAGUUGGAAGAUGUUCACCAGUUGGGAUUACCUCAUUGGCAACCCAGAAACAGCUGACAACAAGUUUGCAUCUAUCACCACAAACUUUAAGGAGUCUAUUGUUGAGGAGCAGGAGAGUCAGAAGGAUGACAAUAUUCAUCUGACCCGCUUCCUCCGUGUUCUGGCAAACUUCCUCGUGCUCUGCUGUCUGGCAGGAAGUGGCUAUCUCAUCUACUUUGUGGUCAGAAGGUCCCAGAAGUUUGCUCUGGAUGGUCUGGAGAACCACAGCUGGUGGGAAAGGAAUGAAGUCAACAUGGUGAUGUCGCUGCUUGGUAUGUUCUGCCCAAUGAUGUUUGAUGUGAUUAGUUCCCUGGAGAACUACCACCCCCGCAUUGCCCUCCAGUGGCAACUGGGCCGAAUCUUUGCCCUUUUCCUGGGGAACCUCUACACCUUCAUCAUUGCACUCAUGGAUGAGAUCAACCGCAAAAGAUCAGAGGAAGACGCAGUGAAGUUGAAUAUGACCGCAUGGGAGGCCGGUCUGUACAAUGGCACUUCUGUUGGUAAUGCUUCAGGUCCUGUACCUGUGCAUCCAGCGGAUGUCCCCAGAGGACCCUGCUGGGAGACCAUGGUGGGCCAGGAAUUUGUUCGACUCAUUAUAUCGGACACCAUGACCACGUAUAUCACUCUGCUGAUUGGUGAUUUCCUGCGCGCCCUGUUCGUUAGAUUCUUUAACUACUGCUGGUGCUGGGACCUGGAGUAUGGCUUUCCAUCAUACUCUGAAUUUGAUGUGAGUGGAAAUGUCCUGGGCCUGAUAUUCAAUCAGGGAAUGAUAUGGAUGGGUGCGUUCUAUGCCCCCUGCCUGCCGGCGCUCAACGUGCUGCGUCUGCACGUCUCCAUGUACCUGCAGUGCUGGGCCGUCAUGUGCUGCAACGUCCCCCAGGAGCGAGUCUUCAAGGCCUCUGGCUCCAACAACUUCUACAUGGCCAUGCUUCUGGUCAUCCUCUUUCUGUCCACCCUGCCGGCCAUAUACACCAUCGUCACCAUCCCUCCGUCCUUCGAUUGUGGGCCUUUCAGUGGUAAGAACCGCAUGUUCGAUGUGAUUCAGGAAACCCUGGAGACCGAUUUCCCUGCCUGGUUCGGAAAAGUGUUCAGCUAUGCCUCCAAUCCAGGGCUCGUCCUCCCAUUCAUACUGGUCAUGAUUCUAGCCAUCUAUUAUUUGCAGUCUACGUCCAAAACGUAUAAGGUUGCCAACCUAGACUUAAAGAAGAAACUGCAAACUUGCAUGGAUACAUCCCUCUGUUUUGAAUAAGCAAAAUGAGGAGAAUAAGAAGAAGAACAAGAAAGCAGCCCUGAAGGCAGCAGCUGAGCUAGAGGAGGC